AUGGCGUUACGGGAGCUAUCGUCGCUCGAGAAAUAUUUAGGACUGAAAAAGCCCAACAAAUACAGUACCCGAGGGGACAAAAAGGUCCCUCUGCUACAGACUAACAAUGGUCAACCCAUGGUGGGUCUGGUUACUAUUGCUUGCCACCUGGUGAAAGAGGCCAAGCGUCCUGAGCUGCUUGGGUGCACCGCAGAGGACAGAGCAGUGGUGCAUCAGUGGCUUGAGUACAGAGUGAGCAAGCUGGACAGCUGCAGUAAGGAAGACAGCAGAACAAUAUUGAAGGACCUCAACCUCUACUUACAAGACAAAGUUUGCAUGGCUGGAAACCACUUCACCUUAGCAGAUGUGCUCAUCUACAAUGGAAUCCACCCAAUAAUAGUGGACUUAACCUUCCAGGAGAAGGAGCAGUACAUGAACGUGACACGAUGGUUCGACCACAUCCAGCAUUGCGCCGGCAUUCGACACCACCUCCCCCCAGUAGUUGUGCUCAGGAACAGAAUUUACACCAGUAAACACCACUGA